UUUCUUAUAAUAUGCGGCACAUUGCACUUUUUAGGUUUUACUUUCCCUUCAACACUACACAUUUCAGAAUAAUGUUGCGAGGAAGAGCAAGAGCUUCCCUUCAUUGGUUCCCUCUUCUUCUUCUUCCACACUUCGGUUCUCUUUCAAAUUCCACACACUUUCGUUCUUCUUCAAACUUCACAAACAGAGCCCAAUUCCUUGAUUCCAUGAGAGACCUCAAAAGUGAAGAAGCUGCUCUGAGUUUCUUCCACAAAAUGGUUGUCAUGAACCCUCUCCCUCGCGAGAAGGAUUUCACCAAAUUGUUCGGCAUCAUCGUGAAGAUGAAACAUUACGCAACCACCAUUUCCCUUAUCAAACACAUAUAUUCAUUAGGGAUCAAACCCGAUGUGUACACACUCACCAUUAUCAUCAAUUGUCUGUGCCAUUUGAACCACACAGUGUUUGGGUUCUCUGUUUUGGGAGUCAUGUUCAAAAUUGGUGUGGACCCCACAGUGGUGACUUUUGCCACACUCAUUAAUGGGCUGUGUGCAGAAGGCAAUGUGGCUCGAGCAGCCAGGUUUGCUGACAGUUUGGAAGACAUGGGCCAUCAAUCCAACAGUUACACCUAUGGCGCGAUAAUUAAUGGAUUGUGUAAGGCCGGUGACACGUCCGGUGCGAUCUUGUAUCUUGAGAAGAUCAAGGGAAGAAACUGCGAUUUGGAUGUUGUUAUAGCUUACAGCACAAUCAUGGACAGUCUUUGCAAGGAUGGGAUGGUAUGCGAGGCUUUGAAUUUGUUCUCCGGAAUGACCAGUAAAGGUAUUCAACCUGAUCUUGUCGCUUAUAAUUCACUAAUUCAUGGCCUUUGCAACUUUGGUAGAUGGAAAGAGGCUACAACUCUUUUGGGUAACAUGAUGAGGAAGGGAAUCAUGCCAAAUGUGCAAACUUUUAAUGUUUUAGUUGACAAUUUUUGCAAAGAUGGGAUGAUUUCGAGGGCAAAAACUAUAAUGGGUUUCAUGGUCCAUGUGGGAGUGGAACCUGAUGUUGUUACAUAUAAUUCGGUUAUUAGUGGUCAUUGUUUGCUAAGUCAAAUGGGUGAUGCUGUGAAAGUAUUUGAGUUGAUGAUUCACAAGGGCUUCUUGCCAAAUCUUGUAACUUAUAGUUCAUUAAUCCAUGGAUGGUGUAAAACUAAAAACAUAAAUAAGGCUCUCUUUUUGUUGGGUGAGAUGGUUAAUAGUGGACUAAAUCCAGAUGUUGUCACUUGGAGCACUCUUAUCGGGGGCUUUUGCAAAGCAGGGAAACCAGAAGCUGCCAAAGAAUUGUUUUGUACAAUGCAUGAGCAUGACCAACAUCCCAAUCUCCAAACAUGUGCCAUUAUUUUGGAUGGACUAUUCAAGUGUCAAUUUCAUUCUGAGGCAAUAUCAUUGUUUAGGGAGAUGGAGAAGAUGAAUUUGGAACUUAAUGUCGUAAUAUACAACAUUGUUCUGGAUGGAAUGUGUAGUUUUGGAAAACUUAAUGAUGCACAAGAACUCUUUUCUUGUUUGCCAAGUAAAGGCAUAAAAAUUGAUGUUGUUGCUUAUACUACAAUGAUUAAAGGUCUAUGUAAAGAAGGACUAUUGGAUGAUGCUGAAAACUUAUUGAUGAAAAUGGAAGAGAAUGGCUGUCUCCCGAACGAGUUCACUUAUAAUGUCUUUGUCCGAGGAUUGCUGCAAAGAUAUGACAUUUCAAGAUCAACAAAAUACCUUUUGCUAAUGAAAGGCAAAGGUUUAUCAGCAGAUGCUACUACAACUGAAUUGCUUAUCAGCUACUUCUCUGCUAAUAAAGAAAAUAGUGCAUUACAUGUGUUUUUGCAGGAGUUUGUUUGAGUAUUUAAUAUUGGUAUCUUUUAAAUACCUACAUUUUCAUGAGGGCCAUCAUGUUAACAGAGUCAGGUUCUGUACAUCAGGUUGGUUGCAAACAAAUUGGACCUAUCAUUUAUUUCACAAAAUAAUACGGUAGCCAAGAGAAUUUGAGAAUCAAGAAGAGGGCUGGCCUAGCAAAGGUGUUUGGGACAAUAUUGUGUGUGAGAGGAGCCUUGCCUCUUCAUUUUACCAUGGAAAAACCAUUGGUUAGGAAAAUAAAGUAUUCACUGGAGAUAUACAGAGAAAAUGGAAAGAACUAGCUCUUUUGGCAAAGCAAACAGGCAUCCAGGCCCUUUAUGUGUCCUUAAUUGGUAGCACCCUUAUUUAGACAUAAGCAAGAAGUUUCCAAUUCCUUACUUGAGCACCGACUUAAUGUGUUUCUUGGAAAGCUUUCAAUGCAUGGUCACUGCCUUGUGUUUUGAUCAUAGGGCAUCAGCUUGGUCACUCUACAAUGCCAUGAGACUUUCCUUUGCUCUUUAUGCGAUUGUGAAGGACUACUUUUCUUCUUCAUGGUUGCCUUGCUAAUGUAGGGCUUAGCUUUCUUUCCUUUUGAAUAUAUUUACAACUACAUGACGUAGAUAUUUACAACUCCUAGUGUGUGCUUCUCAACUUUGUAGACACGUCUAUCUUCACUUGUUGUCACAACAUUUCAUCUUUUGAUGAUCCUUAAGUCAUGUGUAAUUUUUUAUAUCUACCCCUUGACUUAAACUAUCACUAGCAUCAUGCCUUUGAUCAUAUACAACUAUUGAUAUCUACAAUUUGACCUAGAAAACAUGAUUGUGUUUCCAGGUUAUUGUUUCUUGGUUCUGAAAGGCAAGCUUUAGAUUUGGAAAUCAUGGUUGUAGGAAAAUGCUUCACACCCUUUAUCUAUGCUUCUUGAUAAGUCCUAUUUUUUCAAAAGCACUUCAAGACAAACCAUUAGUAGUAAAAGUCUAAUCGACUUAAAAUUUGCUUCUUAAAAGUUUGUUAUUGUUAAAACAUUCAUCUCAUAAAGGGUUCUGUUUCAACACAAAUUUCACUUUUAGGAACUUAUUUUGAAUUUUUUUUUUUUUUUUAGUUUUAGUUAUGUGAUGGUGUUAUACAAUUUUGACACUAAAAUAGAGGUUUAGAGGUCCUUUAUAAACCAUACUAUCACAUAUUUGUGGAUAAGUGAGGACCAGGCACGAGCUGAAGGUGGUCAUCCAUAGGAUUGGAUGAAGAUCUUGUACUUCAAGAAGGAGCACAAGCAGGUGAUGACAUACUUAUAGAGGUCUAGGCUAUCGCCUUUUCUAGAAGCAUGUUACCGUAGGUGGAUAAUGGUGUUCUGUACUUUAGGUGAUUGGGGGUUGAAGUACGCUAAUUCCUUCCACUUUCUUGUUGGGGAUAUAAUAACCAUCACUCUAUAAGAUGUGUCAUCUGUUACAUUUACCUUAGUUGGGAGGCUAUGUUCAACCAAAGGGAAUGUAAAUACCUAAUGUAUCUACUUGAGAUCACCUUUGACUAGACAUUUGUUGAGAUGGUGAAGACUUGAGUAGAGAGAAUGUGAUUUAGAUGGUUGUGGGACUUAUACAAUGCACAUGUUUGGCUUGGGAACAUCAUCUUAGAAACCAUUGUUUUUCUAAUGCAUUUGGUGGCUUGCAUCAUACGAAGCAAUUCAGACUUCUGAGGAUAUAAUAAUGCUUUUGUGAGUACCAAUACUUUUUCUUUGGCUUCAAAGUUUUCUCUUUUAUGACAAUUAUGUAAAUGGCUUUACAAGCUUGGAUCAUUGAGCUAGUUUAUGCCAUUGGCUCUCGUCAAUUGGCUGAUGGAUAUACAAAGUAUUCUUUCCAUGCUUGUCAUUGAGAGAUUGUGAGGGGAUCCAAUGAUGUAACAUUGUGAUUUUCUUAAUGUGUAGUUAGGUGAUUUUAAUUAGAUUGCAAGAGAAAAUAAAUUUAAUUUUCAUGUUUAAAAAAAUAUAAUACCUUGUGUUGUUUAAGUGUUGUGGGUUAAAUUGUUUUGGGCUUGAAACAUGGUUUUAGAGGGCUUUAAUAUUGUAAUGUUUGAUAAAAAAAAUGGUAAACAAUGGAGACAUGAGCAAUGUAAUUCUUGUACUUUACCCAAAAAAA